AUGGAAAACGUUCGUAAACGUAUGGAAAUGGAGCUUGUAACGUGCAACCGACGUUUGCAGAAAUUAAUAAACAGAUCGACAUUUAAAUAUUCCACCACCUAUUCCGAAAACUUAAACGCAGUAACAUUAGAAAAAAAAAUCAUUAAUUUUUGUAAACCUAUUUAUAUCGGUCUUGCAGUUCUUGACAUAAGCAAGAGUUUAAUAUAUGAUUAUCAUUAUAACGUAAUGAAAAGCCACUAUGGGGAUAAAAUCGAGUUGAUGUAUACCAACACAGACUCACUGGUUAGGUUAGGUUUUAUUCACACUGAUAAUUUCUACGAAGACCUUAAACAUAAUAACAACUUGAUCGAACGAAUGGAUACUUCCAACUUACCGGAGGACCAUCCAUGUUACAUUGCCGAACGACAGAAAAUCCCAGGUCUGUUUUCUGAUGAGAAGAAUGGGCUCAUAAUGACUGAGUUUUGCGCGCUGCGAGCAAAGUCAUAUUCUUACAUUUUGAAUGGUGAGGAGAAGAUCAAAGCCAAGGGAAUUAGAAAACACGUUGUAAAGAAUCACAUGACGUUCGACGAUCAUAAAAAGUGUUUGUUUGACGAGGAAGAGGAGGGGGAAAAUAAAAGAGAAAAUGUCUCCAUCCGCUCUUUCAAGUAUCAACUGAUGACGAUAAAAUCGAACAAAUUAACGUUCAAUAACUUCGAUGAUAAGAGGGUGGUGCUGCAAGAUAAAGUGCACACACUGGCUCACGGACAUUACUCUCUAAAGGAAGAUGAACCCGAGGAUGAUUGGCCUGAAUUAGAUGAAGAAGGACAUAACUGGAAAGAGGAAGAGAAAGGCUUAAUGAGUGACCGUCUACACUGCAUAACCUAA